AUGAGUAUAUCCGCAUAUUCUUAUGAAGCUGAUAGGGCGAAAAGAUUAAUUUUUGGUUCAUACACGUUUUCAUUUGAUGAUGAGCAUUUAAUUAUCACUGAUGGAAAAACUGAACAUUAUAUCUCAUGGAAAGAAUUUGAAAAAUUCAUUCCAAUAUUAACGCCAUGUACAAUGCCGUUUAUAAAAGACGGUGAAAUUAUUGAAAAAGAUAACACAACAGUAUAUAGGUCUGUUUAUGAAGCAUUAGAAUAUAUGUUGAAUUAUAAUCCCGAAAGAUUUGAUCCAAGCACUACGCCAUGUGCAAUGCCCUUUAUUAAGGACGGUGAAAUCGUAAGAGUUCCGAAUUCAACGGUUUAUACAGCUGUUCAAAACAGUUUACAAAACAUUUUAGCGAAUAUCUUUAAUUCAGAAACUACAGAAAUAAAAUUACCGUAUAUAACAGAUGCUAAAGAAAUUA